UCCGCCUUGCAGAAGCCCACCGUCUUCUUAGCUAUCCUCGCCAGGAACGCCGCCCGCUCCCUGCCCCAUUUCCUCGGGUGCGUGGAGAGGCUGCGCUACCCCAAGAACAGGAUCGCCGUGUGGGUAGCCACUGACCACAAUCUUGACAACACAGCAGGCAUCCUGAGAGAGUGGCUAAAGAAUGUACAAAAACUGUAUCACUAUGUGGAGUGGAGACCAAUGGAUGACCCUCAGUCUUACCCCGAGGAAAUUGGGCCCAAACAUUGGCCAAACUCCAGGUUCACCCACGUGAUGAAGCUGAGGCAGGCUGCUUUGAGAACUGCGAGGGAAAAGUGGUCUGACUAUAUCAUGUUCAUAGAUGCUGACAAUUUUUUGACAAACCCAGAAGUGCUGAAUCUGAUGAUGGCAGAGAAUAAAACCAUUGUGGCACCAAUGCUUGAAUCUCGAGCUCUGUACUCUAACUUCUGGUGUGGAAUGACACCUCAGGGCUACUAUAAGAGAACACCAGAUUAUGCCCUGAUCCGGGAAUGGAAGCGGACUGGUUGCUUUGCAGUCCCGAUGGUUCACUCCACAUUCCUGAUUGACCUGAGAAAAGAGGCAUCGGAUAAACUGAUGUUUUAUCCCCCACAUCAGGACUAUACCUGGACCUUUGAUGAUAUCAUUGUCUUUGCCUUCUCAAGUCGCCAAGCAGACAUUCAGAUGUACAUCUGCAACAGAGAACAUUAUGGCUACCUCCCUGUGCCCUUAAAACCUCACCAGACAUUGGAAGAUGACACUGACACUAUAGUUCAUGUGCUGAUUGAGGCAAUGAUUAACCGUCCUCCAAUUGAGCCUUCGGAGUAUGUCACAGUUCCUCCAAAGCACCCAGACAAGAUGGGCUUUGAUGAGGUUUUCAUGAUAAACCUGAAGCGUCGGAAAGACAGGCGGGAUCGGAUGCUGCAGACUUUGUACGAGCAGGAAAUUGCAGUUAAGCUAGUGGAAGCUGUGGAUGGAAAGGCACUGAACACGAGCCAGCUGAAAGCACUCAACAUAGAGAUGCUCCCUGGAUACCGGGAUCCUUACUCCUCCAGGGUGCUGACCAGAGGGGAGAUUGGAUGUUUUCUUAGCCAUUACUAUAUCUGGAAGGAGGUGGUGAACAGGGACAUGGAGAAGACUCUGGUCAUUGAAGACGAUGUGCGCUUUGAGCAUCAGUUCAAGAAGAAACUCACUAAGUUAAUGGAUGAUAUUGAGAGAGCCCAGCUUGACUGGGAGCUCAUAUACAUUGGCCGGAAACGGAUGCAGGUAGAGCGACCUGAAAAAGCCGUUCCCAAUAUUAUGAACCUUGUGGAAGCGGAUUACUCUUAUUGGACACUUGGCUAUGCAAUCUCUUUGCAAGGGGCUCAGAAGCUGAUUGGAGCUCAGCCUUUUGGCAAGAUGUUGCCUGUAGAUGAAUUCCUGCCGGUCAUGUACAACAAGCACCCAGUUGCCACAUACAUGGAAUACUACGAGCCUAGAGACUUGAAAGCUUUCUCUGCAGAGCCCCUGCUGAUUUAUCCAACCCACUACACUGGGCAGCCAGGUUACCUCAGCGACACUGAGACAUCCACAAUCUGGGACAAUGAGACUGUGGCCACUGACUGGGACAGAGCACUGUCUCGAAAAUCACGGCAGCAGGGUCAGAUCCACACAGAUGCCCAGAACAAGGAUGCUCUGCCACCUCAAUCCUCCCUUGAUGCAUCGUCGCCCAGGGACGAGCUAUGACUGUUCACAUGGCCAAGGCACCCUGAAAAAUCGACAGAAGCAGGACUUGCCUCAUGCUCCAUCUUCUUUGGCCUAGGAUCUUCCAGAGAUAUUUAUACGCUGCCUUAAUUGGCAAACAGAGUCAAUUUCAUCUGACUGACUUUAACUGAACAGGUGUGUCUUGUUUUGUAGGGGGAGUCGUUGAACCUGACUGAGUCAGGCUGGCAGUCUUCUAAGAAAUAUUGUAUUGGCAGUAGGCCGUUUAUGGGUUUGGACCAUAGAAACCUCUGUUGAGCUGCUGGAGGACUCUACAAGGCAGUGAGUUUACAUUCAAAAAGGACAAAAGUUCCUUGAAUGAUGUCUUUCUACAGUUCCUUGUGUAGAAUUACUGUAUUUAUAAAGAUUAAUAUAUACAGGGGUUAGGCGAGGUGCACAGGCCCUUCCAUACUAAUUACUGCUCUGCUGCUGAAUAACAGGAAUUGUUGCUGGUUUGGGUUUUGUUAACCGUGUUCUCUGAGAAAAAUUAUAAGGGGAAGGAGAGAUUUCUUCUUCUAAAGGGUUACGGUCAAAAACUGUCUCAUGCCUCUAACUAUCGGAGGCCUAAGUAGAUUUCUGUUUUCUCCAUCAUGGGAGUCAUUAAUCACGCCAAUAGCGUGGCUCACCUCUUAGUUAUAAAUACAGGGACUGGUUGUUACUACUAAGAAGUUCUAUAACAACUCCCAAUUUGCAAACAAAUUGCAGUCCUAAAUCUUGUUCACCCUCACCAGACAGCCUCAUGAAGCCUAGUCACUAGUAUUUCCAUUUUACCGAU